CUAAACAAUAUAAAAUAUGAUAUAAAUGAAAUAAAAUUAUAUUUUCAGAAAUAAAAUUAAAAUAUGGUAAGGAUAAUCUUGUAUUUUCAAAACAGCUUUUCGCAGAAGCUCCAAAUCGGAGCUUCUGUUUUUAUGUUAUACAAAAGCGCUUUUCGGCUUUCCAAAAGCCGAGCUUUUACAGGUGUUUGGCCCUGCUUCAGCUUUUGAAAUCGAAAAACACUUCUAAAAGCUGGGCCAAACAUAGGAUAUAGUUGUUUAAUAUGCAAUUUGACAAUAAAAAAUGUCUAAACAAUAUCAAACAAGAAAUAAAAAAUGAGUGGUAUUGAAUAUUGAAAUUAUUAAAUUAGAAAUCCAUUUAUUUUGUCAAAAGAUAAACAAAAAUCGUUAGACCGUUCUUAGAUGAACUUUAUUAUAGUUAACUAACAAGCAAAACAACUAUGCUAUUCCAAAAGCAUGGGAAACGAGUCAUUAAAAUAGCAUUAUUUUUCUUUGAUAAUAUCUCCAGUUUACUCUCAACCAAUUUUAUGCAAUCUUUAUGAGCUGGCUGUGGAUAAUGAAAAGAACGAUUUUAAAAAAGAUAAUGAACAAACAAAAUAAAAAUUGAAAACCAUAACAAAAACUGGAAAAUAAAGAAAAACAAAGGAAAAUCGCGCCAAAGUUAACAGACAAGAUUUACCCGAUGGCCGAAACCUCUACAAAAUCCAAACCAUCUCGUCCCCUUGAUUUCCUCGAGAAGCGAAUCACUGAUUGAUUCUCAGUUUCACCCCAACAAAAUCCAGAAUCCGUACUGGAAACCAAAAAUUGAUUCUUUUUCCUCGUCCUCUGUAUUACGACUCUUCCAUUCCCACACACAUGACACAUCACUCUCAACCGCCUGCGUCAGCUUCAGUUCUUUCUCCCAUCAUUUCUUGAUUCGCUCCCUAUAUCUGAUAUCUUCCCACCGUCACUAUUAUAUCUCUCUGCGCUCUCCUUUCUCUUCAUCUUCAUUCUUGGGCUCGCUGAAUUCUCUUUACAAUCUUCCAUUCCUUUUGGGGUUUUUUUUUAUUUUUUUGGUUCUGAUGAAGAUGGAGGAGAAAUUGGUUCUAGUCACCGGCGGCGCGGGAUUCAUCGGCACCCACACAGUGGUACAGCUGCUCAAAGAAGGUUUCCGAGUUUCCAUCAUCGACAAUUUUGAUAACUCCGUCAAAGAGGCUCUAGACAGGGUCAAAGAAGUCGUGGGUCCUGCCCUAGCUGCCAAAAUCGAGUUCCAUUUCGUUGAUCUGAGAAACAAGGAUGAUCUGGAUAAGGUAUUUGCCAAGUCAAAAUUUGAUGGCGUGAUCCAUUUUGCGGGCAGAAAGGCCGUAGGGGAGAGUGUUGAAUAUCCUCGACGUUACUUUGACAACAAUCUAAUUGGAACUAUUAACUUGUAUGAGGUCAUGGCAAAGUAUAACUGCAAAAAGAUGGUGUUCUCCUCAUCAUCCACGGUUUAUGGCCAACCUGAGAAGGUACCUUGUCUGGAAGACACCGAGUUGAAGGCAAUGAACCCUUAUGGUAGAACUAAGCUUUUCCUGGAGGAGAUUGCUCGAGAUAUCUCCCAAGCGGAACCAGACUGGCAGAUCAUAUUGCUGAGGUACUUCAAUCCUGUGGCAGCUCAUGAAAGUGGCAAAAUAGGUGAAGAUCCAAAGGGCAUUCCAAACAAUCUUAUGCCCUACAUUCAGCAAGUGGCUGUUGGUAGGCUGCCCGAGCUUAAUGUGUAUGGCCAUGAUUAUCCCACCCGGGAUGGUACAGCGAUACGGGACUAUAUACAUGUGAUGGACUUGGCAGAUGGUCAUAUUGCUGCUCUUAAAAAGCUAUUUACUCCCGAUUUCAAAGGUUGUGUUCCUUACAACUUGGGGACAGGGCGAGGAACAUCAGUGCUUGAAAUGGUUGCUGCAUUUGAGAAGGCUUCUGGAAAGAAAAUCCCAAUGAAGCUAUGCCCAAGAAGAGCUGGAGAUGCUACAGCUGUUUAUGCUGCUGUUGACAAAGCUGCGAAAGAGCUCGGUUGGAAGGCAAAAUAUGGUAUUGAGGAGAUGUGCAGAGACCAAUGGAAUUGGGCCAGCAAGAACCCAUGGGGUUACCAGGGAAAGAAAGCCUAGCUCCUCGAGCACCUGCAACCUUUACUUGCAAGUCAAAACUCCACCCAAGUAUACUUUUAGACAUCAUAUAUCAAGGGCCAUAAACAACUGCAAAGGAAGAGAAAAGCUCUGUUUUUAUUUUGUUUCCCUAGAGGAUAGCCAUUUCUUUAUUUUCCAAUAAAUGUAGAAACUCGUGAAUUUUAUAUUACAGUUUGUAAUUGUGAUUAAUACAAAAUCGAAAUUGUUCAUCCAUGCCUGUGUUGCAUAGCCUCUUCUCAUCAAGCACAUAUGAACUACCAGCAGUCACGCAUAGCAAACAUUAGUUGACUCACAGGUUUUCUGGUCUGCAACGUAAAGUCUUUCUGUUAUUGUUAAGGGUUAAGCUCUUAGAAAUUUGUUAACAGCUGCUGCUUGUGGACCAUAGUUUAUUGCAUAGAAAUUUCUAUGAUGGAGUAGUACAGAAGUGUUGACCUAAGCAUCUCACCUUCCCCUUAUCUUCCCGUGGAUUUAUUUAAUAAACUCAUCUUUAGAUA